AUGGUUGACAUUUUGAAUAAAGAUGGUAGUCUACUAAAUAUAUUUGAAGCUGAGAAUUCAGUAUCUGAAGGAAGGGCUGACAUACCGACCUUGGUACGGAGUAGUAUUUGUCGCGACAACAUUAUGUUCACUGUACCAAUUAUUCCUUCACAAUACUCAUUUCUCGUCCCUUUCAGUAAAAGUGUUCCACCCUCUGCUUAUAUUACAUUACCGUUCAAUCUGGAUAUUUGGGUACUGGUUUUAAUUAUUAUUAUAUUCAUAUCAUCCGCCGAGUAUCUGCAUAAUCGGAUCCUUGAAAAUUCAAGCGAUUUUGUGAGGGUGGUAUACAAUACGAUGUUGGGAAUAGCUUCUCAAUCGAUUCCACAGGAGCCGUUUACUUCCUGGCGAUAUAGAUACAUCCGGAUACAACUCAUUACAAUCGGAUUUAUUUUGACGAACUUAUACUUGGCAUAUUUGUCCAGUUUUCUGACCACUCAAGUGUAUGAACCUCAACUCAAAUCUUACAAGGACAUAAGUGAUCGAGGUCAGAAACUAUUAGCAGUGAAUUUUCACUACGAGUAUUUUGAACAACGAAACCUCACUCCCGACUAUCGCGACGAGAUUGUCAUACUCAUAAACAAGGACACUUACCUUAAUAUUAUUUUCACCAUGAACGGAACUUAUGGCAUUGGUCUACCCGAGGAGGAAAAAGCUCUUAUCAAAUUUUAUCAACGUAAUUUGGAGCGACCAGUUUUCUUUGAUCCUACAUUGGAGUUUCCAGUACCCAUUCCAGGAACUUUAAUACGAAAAAAUUCCACAUUUCUGAUACAUCUAAAUAAUUUUAUUUUGAAUUUAUGGGCCUCAGGCCUUCUGAACUAUUGGAGGAAAACGCAAAGUUUGGAAACGAUUCGUUGGAAAUUCAGGACCACAAUUGAAGCGGGAGGUGGGGCGAAAAAACUGGGUUUGGAACAUAUCGAAUUGAUUUUGAAAUUUCUAUUUUUUGGGCUAAUGUUUGCUACUCUUUCCUUUCUAAUGGAAUUGCUGUUGGUAUAUAUUCUAAAGAGGAAACAACGUUAA